UUUCCAGCCACGGUUAAACACCAGCAAAAGAAGAAGGCAUCCUGCAGGCUGGUUCUCGGAUGAAACAGCUUAAUGUUUAUCGAAUUAUCUACAUAAAAUAAGACUAAAACAUUAUUUUAAUAUGGUCACAUGUUAACAGCAUCUUUAUACUUGAGCUAUUCAUCGACAGAACGUAACAGUUCAGCAUCUGAAUGAAUGAAGAGAGUUUGAUCAUCAGAUCCACAGUAAACACGAUCAGAGCUGAUAAUGUUCACAGACAUGGACUAUGAGCUGGAGGAGGACAAACUCGGGAUUCCCACAGUUCCUGGAACAGUGAUUCUGAAGAAAGACUCACAGAACCUGAUUGGGAUCAGUAUUGGGGGCGGAGCUCAGUUCUGUCCAUGUCUCUACAUCGUACAGGUGUUUGAUAACACUCCGGCUGCUCUGGACGGGACUCUGGCCGCCGGCGAUGAGAUCACAGGAGUCAAUGGCAAACCAGUGAAAGGAAAGACUAAAGUAGAGGUGGCCAAGAUGAUCCAGGCAGUGCAGGGUGAAGUCGUGAUCCAGUAUAAUAAACUGCAGGCUGACCCGAAACAGGGCAAAUCUCUGGAUAUUGUGCUGAAAAAGGUGAAGCAUCGCCUGGUGGAAAACAUGAGUUCAGGAACUGCAGACGCUCUGGGACUCAGCAGAGCUAUUCUGUGCAAUGAUGGUCUGGUGAAGAGGCUGGAGGAGCUAGAAAAAACGGCUGAACUUUACAAAGGACUGAUGGAGCACACAAAGAGACUGUUAAGAGCUUUCUAUGAACUCUCGCAGACUCACAGAGCAUUUGGCGACGUGUUUUCCGUCAUCGGUGUGCGUGAACCGCAGGCCGCCGCCAGCGAAGCAUUUGUGAAGUUUGCUGAAGCUCAUCGAAACAUGGAGAAGUUCGGCAUCCAGCUGCUGAAGACCAUCAAACCUAUGCUGCAUGAUCUGAACACAUAUCUUCACAAAGCGAUUCCUGACACCAAACUCACCAUCCGCAAAUACCUGGAUGUCAAGUUUGAGUACUUGUCGUACUGUCUGAAGGUGAAGGAGAUGGAUGAUGAAGAGUACAGCUGUAUUGCGUUGGGUGACCCAUUGUACCGUGUCAGCACGGGUAACUACGAAUACCGUUUGAUUCUACGCUGUCGACAGGAAGCUCGCGCACGGUUUGCCAAGAUGCGCAAGGACGUUCUGGAGAAAAUCGAACUCCUGGACCAGAAACAUGUCCAGGAUAUCGUGUUCCAGCUGCAGCGCUUCGUCUCAGGGAUGUCGCGCUAUUACGACGACUGCUACGCUGUUUUGAAAGAGGCCGAUGUGUUCCCCAUCGAGGUGGAUCUGUCCCGCACCAUGAUCAACUACAGCGGACAGAGUCUCUCGUACGAGGACGAGGAGGAGGAAGAGACAAGCAGAGGAGGGGAGGAAGAAGCUCCACAGACUGAGAAUGGAGCUGAGAAACUCAUCGACGACGAGUGAGCGAAUGAAUGAGUGAAUUAUCAGAUGAAAUAAUAAAUCAAUGAAGGGAAAGUGAAGAGUGACAGAGAGAAACUACAAAUAAGAGAGUAUGUUCAGUUUAAGAUGAUUAAUAAAUAAUAUUAACAAAAGCAUUAUAUAUUACAUAUUUAUAUAUGAUAUUUAAGAUGAAAAUUUCUAUAUUGAUAAACUACACUUUCAAAUCACUGAUCGGACAGAAACGGAAUCACUGGUUGCCAUGUUACAUACUUUAGAAUGGAAUGUUACGUUUGGUUACUAUGGUGACCGAGUUUAAACGUUUAAACAAAUAUUCUUUAUUUCAAGUCUUUGCACUUUUUGUUUCAAAACAUUUCAAACAUACGGGACCUGAAGUUAAGUUGUCAGAUGUGCUUUUGCACAACUUGUGUGUGUUUUCCUGUCUGUUUGCCUUUGGAACACUGGAUGGAUGUCUUAAAGCUCUAAUGAUCUGAACAUUUCACUGUUUUGUUGGGGGAUUUUGUUUGUUUUGGAUUGUUUAAUUUAAUUCAACUGUGUAACUGUAGUUUAUGUACGUCAUAGAAAGAUUCAAAUGUCUUGAAAGUUAUAAAAACGGCACGUUUGAUGAAGAAAAACACUUGCGAAACCUGCUAUGUCUGAGUAAAGCUGUAAAUCAGACUUGUUUUAUGGGCUGCUUUCUCAUUAAAUGGCUUGAGUUUCAGGAA